CCAGUCAUCUGGUUUUGUACGUGAGCAAUGACCAUUUAAGAUGGACAUUUAAAGGAGAAGAAUAAUAGGACUAAAGAAGACAAGUCAAUACCAAACACUCCUUCAUUCUUUAAUUUACCCGUUAUUCCACUCCAGUUGCUGAUUUUGAGAAGCUAUGGCAAGCAGUAAUGAGCAAGACCAACCAAAGUUGAAGCUCUACUCCUUCUGGAUUAGCUCUUGUUCGUACCGGGUCAGGAUCGCUCUCAAUUUGAAAGGGAUGAAUUACGAGUACAAAGCAGUGAACUUAGAGAAAGGAGAGCAUCGCAGUCCAGAAUUUUUGCAGCUCAACCCGAUUGGAUUUGUACCUGUGCUGGUGGAUGAAGACAUAGUUUUAUCUGACUCAUUAGCUAUCUUAUUGUAUUUGGAUGAGAAGUACCCUCACCGUCCACUAUUGCCUUCUGAUCUUAAGAAAAAAGCCAUUAAUUUGCAGGCUGCCAACAUUGUUUCAUCGAGCAUACAGCCUCUUCAGAAUAUGACAAUACUGAAACAACUUGAAGAUAGAGUUAGUCCAGAAGAUAGAGAUUCUUGGGUUAAAUAUUUUAUUGGAAAUGGCUUUGCAGCGCUGGAAGAGUUACUGAAAAAUUAUGCUGGAAAAUAUGCAACUGGAGAUGAAGUCUUCCUGGCGGAUUUAUUUAUAGCACCCCAACUAUACAACGCAAUUAUAAGGUUCAAAGUUGAUAUGAGUCAGUUCCCUCUUUUGUCUCGGCUGAAUGAGGCAUACAAUCAACUAUCAGCAUUUCAAAAUGCCAUGCCAGAAAAGCAGCCAGAUUAUCCUUCCUUAACCACUUGUUAGAGACCAACGGGUUAAGAAUAAAACAAUUAAGGCAAAUAAAUAACAGCUUUGGAUUCUCAGUUAGAUCUAAGAGCUCUCAUAGUGUCUUUGUUUGUGGUAUGGUGUGCAGUGUCGGCCCUCAUUUAAGGCCACUCUGACUGUGGCCUAAGAGCACUCACAAGGUUUACCAUUGUAAAAUAAAGUUUUCUUCAAAUUAUAACAAGUCUCAAAACAGCA